CUCAUCUCAUCUAAUCUAAGUGUUCGUGUUUUUCUUUUCCCCCCUUUGGUGCGUAACGGCGUUAUUUGCCGUCGUUUCGCUAUAAAUAAAGCCUCCAAGUUCCUCUAUCACAUUACAUUCAUUUUCUCUCUCUCUUUCCUCUGAGUUGAGCGACAAGAACCCCUCCCACCCUUUUAUUAAUGGUUGCGUGAAGCAGAAGUUUGGAAUAAUAGUCGUUCUGUUCUCUCUAGCUGGCUACUACCUUGUUGGAGAUUUGGUAAUUAUUGCAAACGCAUUAGCCUUGUUUCUCGAAAUGGGGAAGAAAACAGAGCUCAGAGAUCACAAGGAGACACCCAAAGUUGAAGCUGUUCUUGAGCUCCUCAGAAAACAAACCCCUCUCACUGUCAAACAGGAGAAGUUUUGCAACUAUGCUUGUGUGAGACGGUUUCUGAAAGCAAAAGGGGAUAGUGUGAAAAAAGCUGCCAAGCAACUCAAGGCUUGUCUUGCUUGGAGAGAGAGUGUUAUCACUGACCAUUUGAUAGCAGAUGACUUCUCAGCUGAACUAGCUGAUGGGUUGGCCUAUGUGGCUGGUCAUGACGACGAAUCCAGACCUGUUGUGAUUUUUCGUUUGAAGCAAGACUAUCAAAAGUUGCAUUCCCAGAAGAUGUUCACUCGUUUGCUGGCCUUUACACUGGAGGUGGCCAUCUCGACCAUGCCAAAAAACGUAGAACAAUUUGUGAUUCUUUUCGACGCAAGCUUUUACAGAUCCGCAUCUGCUUUCAUGAACUUGUUGCUACCAGCACUGAAAAUUGUGGCGGAGUACUACCCAGGAAGGCUAUGCAAAGCGUUUGUCAUAGACACUCCCUCGCUUUUCGCUUACUUGUGGAAGGGUGUUCGUCCGUUCGUGGAAUUAUCAGCGUGGACGACGGUGGUAUCCUCGUUGGAUUUCGAAGAAUCGUUGGAUUUCAACGACUUCGCGGCGUACCCGCGAGCCUCGUCCCUCCGAUUCGAUACCUCGAGCGUUAAAUCAACGGCGAAGAUUGGGUCGUGCUCGUCGUCGCGGUUCUCCUUCACCGUAUCUCAGCACCUGGACUCGUUGAAGCCCUGGUACCUGAGCCUGACCGACACGUCAGCAUCGAAAGUGGGACCCACGAGUGCCUCCCCCGCACUAAUCUCGCCGCUGAACGCGCGGUCACUCUCGUUCGCGUCGCCAUGCGCGAGGACCCCCCGUGGCCGUGGCCCCCCGGCCUCCAGGAAGGGCCUCUUUCCCUCGCCCCCGCUGCCGCAGCGCGUGACGGCGCCACCGCGGACCUCCUUCCUGCAGUCGCCGGCGACGUUCUUCCGGCGAGAGAGCCAGGUGAGCAGCAGGGGAGAGAGGUGCCGGGAAUCGUUCUUGGCGUACGUGAAGUUCUACCGAAGACCGUACGACGAAAUGGUUUAUAGGUCAAAGAUGAGGCCCCCACUGGGUGGCCUCAUCUCCAUUGUUUCCCCUCACAUCAGAAGACGCCACGUUUCUGUUUCUCAGCGUUUCUAAUAUUCUAAAAUUCCACUACACCGCAAUCAACGCCUCCCAUUACCACUGCCAUUUUUUUCCUUCUUGUUUUUACCCCCUCAGUACAUAGUAUUAAAUGUAUUAUUAUUAUUAUUAUUAUUAUCAAGUACUACUAGACAUCCAUUCGUUUUU